AAUCAUAUCCUGAAAAAAUAUGUAUUGAUAAAAACUAUUCACACUCCAUAAGCCUACCACCCACAAUAAGUCUUUUGCUUAAAAUGAGAAGGAACAAAAGAACAUACAUGUUCAUGCUUAAGGAAAAAUGUGGCUGAAUAGUAAAAAGGAGCUGCUUAGCACUGGGUAGGGUAAGGGAUUGCAUUUCUAGCCUAGAAAGAUGAAUCCCUGAGGCCUGUUAAAUGUGCAGCAGUGUAGACUAUACAGAAACAGAGUUAGUUCCUGUGGCUGUUUAUAUUUUCUAUAUUGAUGUAGCACUCAGUGCAGACAGGAGGCAGAAACUUCAGCAGUAAUUUGAACAGGGACUAUUUUCUGUUCUUUAUUAAAUAUUAAGAAGGAUUUUUAACCAGAAAGAAGCAGUAAGGUGGUGAAAGAAGACUCUAAGCAACGCAGUGAUAGCAAAUGCGAAAAGCAGCUAUGACCUCCAGGUCUGAGGAAGAGAGAACAGGGCAGGAACGAAGGAGUGAGAAGACCCGACCUCAAAGGCUGAGAUUCGGACAAGACCUCUUCGGAGACAGGGUUGUGGCAGAGAAACUUGCCAGAGGGUGUGACAACUGCUGGUCUGCAGGGAUGGCUUGCCCAGUGACUGAGAAACUUGCUGAAAGACUUAAUAUUUCAGAUGAUUUAAAGGUUGGCUUUUUCAACACAGACCAUGCUACUCAAACCGAUGCCAGUGAAAUAUUGUCAAUAAAUGAGUUGAGUUCAUCUACACAAAAGUUACAACAGAUGAUGAAAUCCCUCCAGGUGGAUUUUGGGUUCCUCAAACAAUCGAUUCAGUUAAAGUUUGAGGAUCGACUAAAAGAGGAAUCUUUGCGUCUCUUCAACAUUCUACAUGAUAGGAUCCUAGAAAUUGAAAAGCAUUAUCAACAGAAUGAGGAUAAGAUGAGAAAAUCCUUCAAUCAGCAGUUAGCUGACGCCAUCGCUGUUAUCAAAGGGAUGUACCGGCAAUUCUUUGAGGUAGAAGAAGAGAAGGUUUCUUUGCAAGAUGCGAGUAGUGUCAAAACAAAUACUUUGUUAAGAAAACUGAAAGAGAAAGAAGACAUUAUUAAAGGAUUAAAAGAAGAACUAGACCAAUAUGAAGAUUUUGGAUUUCAUAAAAUGGAGUCUUUUGCCAAAGAAACCAGCUCUCCAAAACCAAACCUAGAAAAGGAAAUUUUGGUGUACAAAGUGGAAAAUGAGAGACUGCUUCAGAUCAUUUCAGACCUUGAAGAAGAAAUCCAGAUCAAUCUAAAAGAAAAUUCAGAAUUAGAAGAUGAACUUAUAAGUAUGAAAGAGAUGGCAGAAAAGGAUUACAAAACUAUUCAAAAGUUAAUGAAUAGUAGGGACAGAUUAAGAGAAGAGCUUGAUUAUGAAAAAUUAUUAAUUCAAGAUAUGAUUAAUAAACAGAAAGAGGACAAGGAAAUGAGGAAAAAGUAUGGCAGCUUAAGUGUCAAGGCUACAAGGUCAGCCAAGGGGAGAGAAGCCUCUUUGUCCCCAUGGCCCAAGUCUCCACCAAGCACCACAGCUUCAAGGCCACAUUCUGCAUCCAUGAGUGUAUUGUCUGCUGGGACCAAGAAAGCUAAGACUCCAAAGAAAGCUUUAAAGGAAGAGCAACCUGUGGUAAGCUAUGCAGCACCUAUUGGGAGACAUGCAGAAGAAAAGAAGGUGAAAAUAUUAGGAUCUAAGGUUGAAGACAAACUUGCUUUGGAGUCUCCAAUAGAAGCAUUAAAAGCUAAUUUAGAGGAUGAGAAACAGAAGAUGGAAAGAAUUAAGAAGGAAGCAGAACGACUAAACAAAAGCUGGGAAAAGAGAUUCUCUAUUCUCAGGAACAGCUUUCAUGUCCUUAAGAAUGAGAUGUUUACAAGACACACACUGUUUCGUCAGUUUGCAGUACUUGCUGACACAUCCUUCAAUUAUAUUAAAGUAAAACCCUUAUUUGUGCAGUCUAAAACAACCUUGAUGGGUACAGCCUCUUCAAGUCAUGGAACAUCUUCAAUAGACAGUAAGCAUGCGGUUGGAGCCAGUGAUCAGGCAUUCCCUCAACUUUCACCAAGAGAAACGUCGGAAUCCCCGAAAGAAGAGCCCUCGGAGAAGCUAUCCACGCACCAGAGCAGCCCUGCGGCUACUGAUUAACUGGGCAGAAGCCUGGGCUGCGCAGACGGGGCCACAGAAAGAACAGCCUCUGCUGUCCUGGUGUAAGAUGCCUUCCUGGCAAAGGAUACUAUCUCCAAGAAUUUGCUAAACUAAUUGUUUAAUCUCUCUGGAUUAUGUACACUAACCAGCACUGAGCUCGAAUAGACCUCAAUGCGUGCCUUGCGUGCGCUCCUUUCCGGGCCCUUAAGGAAAGUGCUGGCUCGUGCUGGGUGGGUGGGGCGCACUGACCCUGUGUGGCGACCACCUUCAUUGCGGCGCUUCCCAGACUCGGGGGUCUAAGGGUGGGAAGGAGCAGACUUUAAAAAGUUUGAGGCACUCAACUUGUUUGACUCCCUCUCUAAAUCAUCCAGUCUUCAUAUACCAAAAAAAGUCCAAGUGAUUUUAUGUCUCUUCACCCAAUAACUAUUCCCCAUGAAGGAGAGUCGUAAAGACUAGAGGGAGAUUGUACAUUUCCUCAAGGAAGAUUCAUUCUUACCCUGGCACAGGGAACCUCGCCACAUCUUAAAGGCUGUCAGCAAUUCUUUAGUAAGUAGGGAAACUCUGGAGUUUUGCUUCCUGGUAAGCAUGCAAACUAAGAUUCUGUUGGAGUGCCAGGCACCAUUUACCAAAAGGCCGAUUUGCUUUUCCUCCACGCCUAAUGUCCAACUUGGCUCUUCCUAUUCCCCUAACUACUAGUCAGGCCUUGUUAAGAGCCUGUAUCUGAAUCCUAGGCUCCGAAUUACAGAAUUCUAAAGUUAUUAAGUGUCAAGAAAUAUAUUUGUGGUAGUUGUCACAUAGAGCUGAUAUACUUUAGUCCAAAAGAAAGCUGGAGAGGCUAUUUAUUUGUGCGUAAAAGGAACAAGAUUUAAAUGGAGAGAGACGUGUUAUUUUCAACGCAAGUGCACGGGGUGGCAUAGCGCUCUGUAGCAUUAUUCGAGCUUCAUCUACUAUGCACUAUAUGCCGCUGUCUCCAAAGGAGUGUUGCCCUAGAAACUUGUUUUAAAUCGGCUGCUAUAUAUCAACACCUUGUUUUAGCAGUCCUUGGCUGAAUUACAGUUACACAGUUUGGCGCUUCUUUCAAAUUUCCUCCCAUCAGUUUGGCUAAAGAAAGGAAUUUUUCUCCUUUAGAAAUGAAUUGGCUUAAUUAGUAAGUAGAUUAAUGGCAAUUGCUGGUGAGUUGGUUUCCAGCAGAGUUUCACCAGAGAGGGUUAAUCGGAGUCAGGUCUGGAAUCUUUCCCAGAACUGGCUGCCAGCCAUUUCCACCAACCAAUCAACCCUACAAGAAACAGAGGAAAUGAAAUAAAAUUUAUAUUCUCUGUGCCAUCACCCUGGACAGAAAUUCCUUCGAAGCAGCCUCCUGGUUGGGUGCAAUAUCAAACUGCUUCAUUUCAAAACUUUAAUAGAAACUUUAAACUGCAAGAUUUACCUGGGUACCAAACCAAAGUUUCAAAUGGCAUAAUAAAGGUCUCCACAGAACCUUA